UGUUUUGGGGAGAGAACCUGUGCACAGUUUUACCCACUUCAGAGACUGUGGAGAAGGGCCUGGACACUGAGGAAGAGAUGAGACAAGGAGACACACCUCUUUCAAAACAGUCAAACAUGCCUCGUCAAUUCCCAAAGGGAACUUUAAGUGAGGCAGAGAAGAAGGCGCAGCUACUGGCUGAGAAAGCUUAUGCUUCGGCACUAAAAGAAGAAGUCAACAAGGAUGCCUUGUCAAUGUUCACUGUGCCUGAGGACUGCCCAAUUGGCCUACAGCAAGCCAAAGAUCAUGAGCUGCUUAAGGAGCUGGCAGAGCAACAGUCAGAGGAGAGUGUCAAGAGGAGAAAAAGCCUGAGGCUGAUCCGUUCCAAGUCCCUGUCCCUGCAGAUCCCAGGGAAUAUAGAUUACCCAGAUUCCAGGACAGUUACACCAUCAGUGUCCACUAGCUCCACCUUCUCAUCAGUAGCAGAAAACUGUCCUGAUUUCCAGAGAGUUACCAUUAGUGGUGAUUACUGUGCUGGAGUCACAGUGGAAGACUACGAGCAGGCAGCCAGAAGUCUGUUUAAAGCUCUGCUGCUUAGAGAGAAGUAUUCAAAGCUAGCCUAUCACAGAUUCUCUAGAACAACAAGCCAGUUCCUUCGCAGUGCUGAGAACAUGAGAUGGGAUGUAGAAGAUGAAGUCCUGCCUGACGUAUGCCCAUGUCCUGCAGGAGAUGAGGAUCCCUACAGUAUGGACAACAUCCCUGAGAAUCUGAACUAUGAACUGAAGAUGAAGGAUGGCAUUGUGUAUGUGUAUAACAGUGCAGAGGCACUCAGAAAGGAACAGCCCAAUGAUCUUCCUUACCCAGACUUGGAGACCUUUGCCAUAGAUCUCAGUCAUGUGCUGACAAUGAUCACAGAUGGGCCCACCAAGACCUACUGUCACAGAAGACUAAACUUCUUAAGUUCAAAGUUCCACCUCCAUGAGAUGCUCAACGAGAUGGCUGAGCUUAAGGAGCUGAAAAGUGUGCCUCACAGAGACUUUUACAAUGUUAGGAAGGUUGACACACACAUCCAUGCAGCUGCAUGCAUGUCUCAGAAACACCUGCUGACCUUCAUCCAGGAAAGAUACAAGUCUGAUAAAGACCGUGUAGUCUUGGAAAAAGAUGGGCAAGAGAUGACCCUGCAGGAGGUUUUUCACAGUCUCAGCAUGGAUGCCUAUGACCUCACUGUGGAUUCUCUAGAUGUACAUGCUGGGAGGCAAACCUUUCACCGGUUUGACAAGUUCAAUUCAAAGUAUAACCCUAUGGGUGCCAGUGAACUUCGGGAGAUCUUUCUGAAAACAGACAACUACAUUAAUGGAGAAUACUUUGCCCGGAUCAUAAAGGAGGUGGCCGUUGACUUGGAAGAGAGUAAGUAUGAGCAUGCAGAGCCACGCCUGUCGAUAUACGGAUGCUCACCUGAUGAGUGGGACACUCUCGCAAAGUGGUUCAUUCAUCACAAGGUCCACUCACCAAACAUGAGGUGGAUGAUUCAAGUUCCCAGAAUAUAUGAUAUUUUCAAGUCAAAGAAACUGGUAUCAAAUUUUGCCAAGAUUGUGGAGAACAUAUUCCUUCCUCUCUUCAAGGCAUCUGUUAAUCCACAGAACCACAAAGAACUUCACGUUUUCCUCAAAUAUGUUUCAGGCUUUGACAGCGUAGAUGAUGAGUCCAAACACAGCAACCACAUGUUCUCUUACAAGAGCCCAAAGCCAGAGCAUUGGACCGCACAUGACAACCCUCCCUACAGCUACUACAUCUUCUACAUGUAUGCCAACAUCAUGGUGCUCAACAACCUGAGAAAAGAGCGUGGACUGAACACUUUCCAGUUUCGUCCCCAUUGUGGAGAAGCAGGAUCGAUCACCCAUCUGGUCUCUGCCUUUCUGGCUGCAGAUAACAUCUCACAUGGACUCAACCUAAAAAAGAGUCCUGUGCUGCAGUACCUGUACUACCUGGCCCAGGUGCCCAUUGCCAUGUCUCCCCUCAGCAACAACAGCCUGUUCCUGGAAUACUCCAAAAACCCUCUCAGAGAGUUCCUGCACAAAGGUCUGUGUGUGUCGCUGUCCACUGACGAUCCCAUGCAGUUUCACUACACCAAGGAACCGCUGAUGGAAGAGUACGCUAUAGCAGCUCAGCUGUGGAAGCUCAGCACCUGUGAUGUCUGUGAGAUUGCCAGGAACAGUGUGCUGCAAAGUGGACUAAGUCACCAGGAGAAAAAGCAGUUUUUAGGAGUGAACUACCUGAAAGAUGGACAUGAAGGCAAUGAUAUCCGUCGGACCAAUGUUGCCCAGAUCCGCAUGGCCUACAGACAUGAGACGCUGUGCAACGAACUCAGCUUCAUAGCCGAUGCAGUGAAGUCCAAUGCUAUAAACUCCUACUAGAACUAAAAGAAA